CCGCAUCUCCAAAUGACGUCACUCUCGAUCGCGCCCAAUCGGGAAAUGGCGUCAUUCGACACUCGCGCCAUUUCCAUUGCGAGGCGGUGAGGUCACACCGGGACAGCGCGCGGAGAUGUGGAGACUCGAGCCCGCGGAGACUGCGCAAGGCAGCGAGCACCAGCUGCUGGUGGGCGAACGCCACGUGGUGGGGAGGAAGGACUGUGGCAUCCUCAUCGGCAACGACCAGUCCAUUAGCCGCGUGCACGCGGUUUUGACGGUCUCGCACGCUGAGUCCAGCUUGGCACGCCCAUCAUGCAGGCCUGCACUGUCCGUCAAGGACAGCUCCAAGUAUGGAACCUUCGUCAAUGGAGAGAAGCUGACUAGCGGCAGCGAGCGGGCCCUUUGUUGUGGCGACCUUCUGAAGUUCGGUGUCUUUGAGAGCAAAUACAGAGUGGCAUACUCCCCGCUCGUCGUAUGCUCUUCUUGCCUCGAUGCGGAAUCCAAGCACGUGCUGAGCUCCGCGCUGCUCGCGCUGGGAGGACAUUUCGUCUCCCAAUGGACCAGCGACUGCACCCACUUGGUCAUGACGUCCAUCAAGGUCACCGUGAAGACGAUCUGCGCCCUCAUCACGAGCAUCCCCAUCGUGCAGCCGGUGUUCUUCUCCACGCUCGUCACAGCCAUCAGGAGCCGCUCGCCACAACCCAGCCACAGCAGCUUCUGGCCUCUGGCCGAUGAACCGGGCAUCAAUCCGGGCGACCUCGACUUGACCCCCCGGCCUGAGCGGAGGCUCCUGUUCCAGGGGAAAACCUUCCAGUUCCUGCAUGCCAAGCAGCACAAGCGGCUGGCGGUGCCGAUCGCGCUGGCGGGCGGCGCGGCGUUGUGCCUGUGCUCCCCCGGCCAGCGCGCCGAGCCGCGGCACGGAGAAGCUUUCUGCGUGGUGGAGCCGGAGGCCGGCUGUUCGCAGCUCUCGUCCCAGGUGCUGGCACAGGACGCGCGAGCGUGGGCUGCCCAAGUCGGCGUACGCCUCCACACCCUCGGCCUGCGCAUGAUCACGGAGGCGGAGGUUGGCCUGGCUGUAGUCUACUGCUCGACGCACACCUACUGCAACCCCUCGGCACGGCUCCCAGACGAGGUGAGCUGUGUGAACACGAACCUCGCUGGGGCAAUGCUGUCGCAGAACCUGGCUGGGGCAACGCUGUCGCAGAACCUGGCGCUUGAGCCCAGCGAGGGCGUGGCACCCGACUCCACGCUGUACGCCGCUGACACGCAGGCCUCGUUGAUCCUGGCCCGCUGUCAUGUGAUGUCGGCGAGCGGCUCCCAGUCACAGCGGGUGGAUGAGACCCUGGAUAAGAGGUCGCUCAUUCCCACGGAGGCCACCAGCAUGAGCCGGGACCCGGGACGACCAGAAGUCAGGGUAGGCACCACGGGAGCGACCGCCGCCGCGGUCCUCCGAGACGACGUGGAGGAGGCUGCGGACGGCUCCUCCUUGUCCACGAAGAGCCAGCCCAGAGGGCCGUGUGACAGCACCGACUCUGCACGGAAGCCUGCCGCUCACGCCAAGGCCACGAUCACCAGCUACUUCCAGCCAUCGUCUAGAAAGAGAGCUCGCCACGCCGGCACCGACGACGAGGGCUCCCCGGUGCCCCCCAAGGUGUCGAGAGCAGCGGAGCAGCCCCCCACCCUGAUAUGGCCGGAGUCCGGGGAUCGCACUUCCCGCACCUGCAGCCUGCCCACACAGCCAUACCCAGGUGGAGCUGCCCAGCACGAAUAUAAGGAUCAUACCACGUGCCUUUGUGUAGACAACGGAACAAGAGGGGAGGACUCACAUCAGCCGGCUCCCCCAAAGACGACUGCGGGGACACCCAGGACCCCAGCGGGCGAGCUUGGUGCGCGGGGAGGAAACGCGGAAGGCGUGCCGGCACCGUCGGAACAGAGUCACACGCAGACGACGACGAAGAAGAAGAAGGGCUUUGAGGAGUUUGCUAUGGAGGAGCCGACCGAGGAGGGGGAGACGCAAGAGGGAGCUGGCGGCCCAAGCGCAAAGCGGAGGAGAUACGCGGACUCCCCGCCUGUGAAGCAGGAGCCCGUGGUGGCCGGGGACCCGGAGGAUGUGACUGCCCCCACGGCGCUGCUGCUGUGUGAGUUCCGCUCCCUGGUGCUGGCUAGACCCACCGCCUCCUCCCACGCGGGGCUCCCGGACACCCCCACGCUGCUCAGCGGCACCCUCCGCAGGAACUUCAAGACAUUCAGGAAGGCCGCCCGCGGCGUCACGUCCACCCUGCCUCGCGUCGUCAUCGCCUUCUCCGAUUUGUACCACCACGAGGAGGAGUCCGACGACCACGCCUGGAUAGAGGAGAGUCAAAGAACCCAGGAGGAAGUCUUAGCGGACAAUCUGUUUGGGUGAGAGGGCGUGCUGCAACUGCACAUCUCACCAGUCGCCACCUCUUGGUAAUCUUUGAUGGUGGCUGUCGGCAUUGUGCCAUUACCCCAAUCGAAGCUCUCACGGUGAGGCCUGUGCCACCUGGGCCAGAGGAGUUUGGUUUAUUUCGUUUGAACGAGUUGAGAGCUCGAGAGACUAGCAAGAGUCUCGUUUGCGACACGACGCACUUGGGUCAACUUAAUGGCAAAAGGAAGCACACAGAACAGCGUACAACUGUGAAGCAGAGA